AUGCGGGAGAGAACCGCCCGCAGCAGCCGCGCGGCGGCGAAGCCCAUCAGCGCCAGCGGCGUCCGUUUCUUGGCGUUGGGCACUGCGGCAAGGAACUCCCGGGCGGUCUCCGACGUCGCGUUCGCGUCGUCCCAGUGCGGCAGGCUCGUCGCAAACACAACGGGGUCGGCGCCCGCACCGCCACCGAACGCGGCAACGAAGUCGGCGUGCAGCAGCGCAAACUCGGAGAACGCGACGAACACGCGCACGUCUUCGUGCGACGCCACGUGCCGCGCCACCGCAGCGACGUCGCCGGCCGCAAGGCCCGCCACGAACACGUCGCCCGCCUCCGGCAGGUGCCCCGCCACCGCGUCGCCGCCGGCCAGCAGCUUCGCGGACCGCAGCGGGGCGGGGACGCACAGCCGGGCACAGGGGCUCUAA